UGUCAUCUUGCUGUCAUAAUUUUUUGCGAAAUUGUGAUUUUAUUUAUUGUGAAUUUCAAAGAGUUAUGUAUGGUGAAUUUGUUGAAUCGAUCGCAUUACACGUGGUACCUACUCAAUAAAUAUUCAAAAUAAAAAAUUUAAUUUUGUUCGGUAACAUUUUAUGAGUUGCAAAAAGUAAAAAUACAUCUUUAAAUAAUUAGUGCUUUGUGGAAUGUUUGGGUAUAAUUUGCGAUGUUCUAUUUAAUUUAAACGGAAAAAUUAAAUUCAGAAUGAGAUGGACAGUGCAUAUUGAAGGUGGUCCUAGACGUGUUAACCAUGCGGCUGUAUGCAUUGAAGGCAAGAUAUACUCGUUUGGUGGGUACUGCUCAUCAGAGGAGUAUAAAGAUUGGGAUCCAAUUCCAAUUCAUGUGCUGGACACAACAACACUGAGGUGGAAGCCUGUGAGAUAUACGAAACGCGAUAUAGUGGUACCUUUGCCCUAUCAAAGAUAUGGCCACUCUGCUGUUGCAUAUGGACACAAGGUAUACAUGUGGGGUGGCAGAAACAAUGUGGUAGCAUGUGACAAACUGUCUUGUUUUGAUACAGAGAAGUUAAAAUGGAGCACACCUCCAGUGACUGGUAUGGUGCCUUAUGCAAAAGACGGACAUUCUGCUUGCAUUAUCAAGAACAAGAUGUACAUUUUCGGGGGAUUUGAAUAUAUCUUUGACCAAUAUACCCAAGAUGUCCACUGCUUAGAUUUGGAUACAAUGCAAUGGACCUAUAUUAACACACACGGCACUCCACCAUGCCAUCGAGACUUUCACACAGCUGUUGCAUAUAAUGACAGAAUGUACAUAUAUGGAGGAAGAGGAGAUGUAAAUGGUCCAUAUAAUUCUGAUGAUGAAAUAUACUGCCCACAUGUUUAUUAUCUUGAUACUAUCACUGAAACAUGGGUUAAUGUUAAAGCUAAUGGUACAUGGCCAGAACCCAGAAGAAGUCAUUCUGCUUGGUUAUACAAUGACUACAUGUACAUUUUUGGUGGAUUAAAUGCCAAAACAAAAACCCACUUUAAUGAUGUGUUCAGAUAUUCAAUAAAGGGGAAUUAUUGGGAGCAACUGAAUGUCCAAGGAGUUGGACCUUGUCCGAGGAGGCGUCAACAAUGUUUGAAUUAUAAGGAUAAAGUUUACCUAUUUGGAGGAACAAGCCCUUGCAACCACCACAAUUACAUCGGAAUCAGGCAAUUUGAUGACUCUGACGAUAAUCCGGAGAGAUUAAUUGACAAUAGUGAUUUGCAUGUCCUAGACUAUUCACCUACACUGAAGACAUUGGCUAUACUUGCAGUACUAGAAUACAACUUGGACCAUUCUUCACUACCAGACGAUAUUAUAUUUGACAUAAGGGUUAUGACGUUACCGAAUUACAUCAGCAGGACUAUCAAUCAGUCUGGAUGACUUUUGUUAAAGUUGCCAGUCAGCUACAUGAACAUCUUUAUAAGCACUUGAGCACUCAACAAUCAUAGAGCUAUGCUUGGAUUGUUCUAUUUAAAAUAUUAUGGUUGAUCAUGGACAAUUGAUUUUUAUACUAAAAUCCCACGAGAACUGUCUUUCCAGGACAGAGUAGCCUAUGCCCAUCUAAAUUACGCAAUCGACGUCUCAUCAAAAUCGGUUAAGUGGAUAGACGUAAAAAGAGAACAGACUUUAUAAGUAUGGAUUGAUAUAAAGGAUACUUAUAAAAUCUGUACACCAAUCUAUUUAUUUUAAUUUUGUAAUAGUUAAUUAAAAACCACA